UAUAUGUAUCUUUAUAUGUAUCUUUAUAUGUAUCUAUAUGUGUAUCCGUAUUUGUAUUCAUAUUCCCAGGUAUGUCCUUCCCUCCCCAUUUACCCUAUGUCUCUCGCUUCACGGCCGGCUCGAAAAUAGAAUUUGGGUGGUUAGAUGCAUCCUCCUUACCCUCCGUAUCAUUAGGUGCAUUUUGAAUUUUUAACUGCAUGACUAGAAUCUUUGGGAAUUCGCACUUCUCCUUAUUGGCAGGGGUUUCACCGGAUUUCCAUCCUAUUUGAGCUUAAUCCUCUUUCUCCGUGUCGUCACCUAUUGCUUUUGGUCGCAUUCCCAUUCCCAACCCUUCAUAUUAUUACCCUCAACAUCCGCAUCCGCAUCAACAUCAACACUUUUCCCUUCCCUUCCCUUCCCUUCCCUUCCCCUCCCUCACUUGCCUCCCAUCCGGACUGAAAUACAACUUGACAAGAGAAGAUUCGUUAUUGCUUCCAUAAUCUCAUAUCUUUCGUUUUUCUAUUCCAUUCACUCGUUAUCAAUCCCCCCCUUUUUGACCCCCCCAAAGUCUCACCCUAUGUAGAAGCUGUGCCUAGGGUAUAAUACAAUAGAACAAUACGACCUACUUCCAAGCCAACGAUUUCAUUCAGUCAUCUCACUAUACGCACCUUUUUUACAUAAUAUACCACCAUCCGUUCAACAAACAUUUCAUCCAGGAUUAACCCCACUUGAUCAGUCGCAAAGUUUAAAGGAAGAGACGCAUGACCUAAUCGACAUAUAAUAAUUCUUACAAGUUCCGCUAUUAACUUCUCAACACUUCAACUAAUCGGGGCGCAUCUACAAAUCUUCGUUGGUGACAUCCGCCUCCGUACUACACCACAUCCCAACAAAGAUACCUACCUUCCUUUACAAUAAUAAUAAAUCGACAAUGCAAUACGUGCGAAGUAUCAGCGGUUCGGUUUCGAAAACCUGGAAUUCGAUAAAUCCAGCAACGCUCAGCGGAGCGAUCGAUGUUAUAGUCGUUGAACAAGAAGAUGGAUCAUUGGCAUGUUCGCCAUUUCACGUUCGCUUUGGGAAGUUCUCUCUACUUCGACCAUACGAGAAGAAGGUCGAAUUUAGAGUCAACGAUGUCAAACAAGAUUACGCCAUGAAGUUGGGAGAAGGGGGAGAGGCGUUCUUCGUUUUUGAGACCAGUGAUAAUAUUCCCGAAGCUAUGCAGACGUCACCUCUUGUUUCGCCUGUUUCCAGUCCACCGUUACCAGCAUCGGGCGCGCACCCAGCAAAUCUCUCGGAACCUGACUUCCUAGCAUUAGAUAUGGGCCAUAAAAGUUUAAGAUCAGACAGUUUUACAAAAUCUGCGGAAGGCCCAUAUCCUAGGAGGCAAAGUAAUCUCAGUGCUUUGACACCACCGUCGAUAUCUUCAGAGCAGGCAAUUGAUAGAAACCUUCCUGGAGAUUAUUCUGGGAUUCAACGUAGCCAUACAGACGAAUUCUUGUCAUCCUCGGCUCGUACGAAUAUCAGCGAUUUGACCGAACGAGAUAGGCAAACACGAUCCAUGACACCCACUGUAGCAGCUGUCGAUGGACAAUCGGAUGUUUUCACUGAAAGAUCGCACAGCCCUGCACCUGUGCCAACUCGUGAAGCAAUAGAAAGGGCCAUGGCAUUGUCGAACCGUCUUCAAGCCUCAAACAUCCCAAGUCAGGUCACCGAAACCGGUGACUUGAUGUUGGAUAUGACGGGCUACAAGAGUAGUGACGAUGACGCUCUUCGGGCAGAAGUUAUUGCGCGAAAGGUUUUGUCAGAAGAAUUGGAAGGCAAUUAUGAUAUUGGUGCUCUCAUUGGCGCGGAUGAGAACGGAAACCUUUGGAUAUACAGUAGUGAAGAGGCAAAAGAAGCUGCAAGUCAGAGAGCUGCAAUGGCAGGCAUUAAUGCUUCUGGAUUGACGCCCGACACUUCUUCGGAUUUGGGAUACAGUAGCGAAACAGAUAGUGACAUCCUUCACCCGCCUAUUGUCCCAACGCACCGACGUGCCGGUUCUGAGUCAUUGGGAAUGCAGACGCCACCCAAGACGCCCACUGGAACUGCCGGUGAUCCAAAUCGAAACUACGCCAAAACUUUGCGAUUGACUAGCGAUCAAUUAAAAGCUCUCGGCCUCAAGUCCGGCCCAAAUCCUGUGAGCUUUACUGUCAAUCGAGCAACUUGUCAGGCAAAUAUGUAUCUCUGGAGAUAUGAUGUUCCUAUUGUAAUCUCCGAUAUUGAUGGUACCAUCACAAAAUCAGAUGCGUUGGGUCAUGUUUUGAAUUACAUCGGAAGAGAUUGGACUCACAUCGGAGUUGCCAAACUCUACACGGAGAUCAUUAACAAUGGUUACAAUAUCAUGUAUUUGACCUCUCGAUCAGUAGGUCAGGCGGAUACGACCAGGGCCUACCUCAAUGGUGUGGUACAGGAGAACUAUCGCUUACCAAAAGGACCAACCAUCUUGAGUCCCGAUAGAACGCUUGCAGCUUUGAGACGAGAAGUUUACAUUAGAAAGCCAGAAGUCUUCAAAAUGGCUUGUCUAAGGGAUAUUAAAAACUUGUUCGGCCCUAAUCGCACACCGUUCUAUGCAGGUUUUGGUAACAGGCUCACUGAUGCAUUAUCGUACCGCUCUGUCAGUAUUCCAAGCAAUCGUAUCUUCACCAUCAACAGUUAUGCAGAAGUUUCCUUAGACUUGCUCAGUCUCAACAAAUUACGAUACAGCUAUGUGAAUAUGCGGGAGGUUGUGGAUCAUUACUUUCCACCGGUAAACACCCUCAUCACCAGCGGAGGUGAGGAAUACACUGAUUUCACAUAUUGGCGAGAACCUGUCCUUGAACUAGAUGACUUCAGUGGGUCUGAGAGUGAUGAAAAGGAUCUUGAAGAGAGAGAAGAUGAGGAAGAUGAGGAAGACGAGGAGGAGGAGGAAGACAACGAACACUUGGGUGAUAGUUAUAUUUCUCGCGAAACCUUAGACGAAGACAACUACUACGAGGAAGGUCUAGAUGAAAGUCUUUUGAUGGAGUCAAUAGAGGGCGAUGAUGGUUUGGGGAGAAGUAUGGUAUUAGAGGGAGAAGGUCAAGAUCAGGAAUACUACGACAACGCAAUUGAAGAUGACGAUUACGAAGAGGAUUCAGCACUCGAAGGGGGUGGUGUCAGACUAGAUGAUCAACUCACCCCUCAACCAGAGAAACUUGAUACUGAUGCCGAAGUCAUUAAGGGACUAAAAAAUCUGGCCUUGAAGGAAGAAAACUCCGACGAUUAGAAGAUCUAGAUCUUCAUCACAGCGAUAACAUAAGAACACGGAAUCUCAACAUUCCUGUAUACUUAAUUCUAGCGGAGAGGGAUGCGGGAUGUAAUGCAGACGAACCCAAACGAGGUAUGGGAAAUGAAUGAAAGGAGCUUGGGUGUUGAAGUCCAGCGUAGCGAUGAGAAUUCUGGACGAAAUACCUUUGACAGCAAGUUUAUAUUAGCAUAUUGUAGGAGUUUAGAUGAGUGAAUAUGGAUUGGGUUGGAAUUGUUUUUUUCUCCUUCCUCUCUUUUGAAGGAUGUGGGUUAUCUUUCAUGGGAGGCAAAGGUGUGGGAUCGGUAUGGAUAUACAAGGGCAUGUAUGGAGAAGGUCAUAGCGUGGAGUAUUUAACUUGUUUUGGUUAAAAAGAAUAGAGAGAAUUUUUUCAUAUUAUUUUAUUAUUUUGAUUGAUGUUA